UUAUAGGAAUUUGAUGAAUGUCUUUAUCUUCCACCCAAGGGGUAAAUGUGCUUUAAGGUGUGCCUGAUGCUCUCAGGGGAUUUGUGCGUAAAAAUACCUGCAGUUGCGCAUUCUUUCCGUGCGCAUGACAGUUAAACAGGGUGCCGUUUGGACACAUGACAAACCUUUUGAGGAUUUUCUUUAUAAAGCAAUUUCUUUUUUUAACUGACUUGAGGAUUUCAAAUGGUCGUUAUUUGUUCUUCUUCAAUAUAAAUAUAGUAUAGAAAUAGUGUUGUUUUAAAACGAAUGAACACAAUUGAUGAUCAUUUGUUGAGGAGUUAGGUGACGCAGCAUCUGGAGACAAUUAUCAGACAAACAUCUGAACAGCGAGGAUGUCAUUUAUGGAUGUCAGGUAGUUAGUAGGAAGAUAAAAGAGGAUUUUAAACUAUGGUUUGGCCUUGCUCUGAAAUGAGUCACACGCAGACCCAAGGGUAUUUAUGUUAUUUUCUCAUCCAGGACCCCAUUUUGUUUAUAUGACAUCAUUACCUGCAAUCUUCUGGGUGGGUUGGGAAUAUCCAUCACCAUGUCACAGCUGAGAGGGUCAAGGUAAGACAUCUGAAGCCAGAUUUUGUCCCUCUGUGUCUCAGACCAUGAACAGUCCUCUGGAGAGGGUUGUGGCCCAAAAGAAGGAGGCCAUCGAGGCGGUGAUGGACAUGUUUGAGAAAGGGGCCGAGGUGUUGGCCAGCGCUGUGGGUGAGCUCUUCCCGCUCUGUGAGGCUGCUGCGCCGGUCCUCCGUCUGGCCUUAGACAAUGUCCUCAGCAAAGAGGUCUUCUACGUUAAGGAGCAAUUCCUGACGGUGAGGAACAAGCUUGACGUGCUCUCCACACAACUGGAAGACAUCGACUGUGAGAUCAAGAAGGGGAGACUGGAUUCCCAGUACUUCUCUGUGGAAGAGAACAUUAGGAACCAGUUUCGUAAGUAUAUGGACAUCUUGGAGGCAAAACCACAGUUCAGGGAGGUGAAGACCAGACUUUUUGUGGAGCAUUUUGCCAAAACUGGAGGAGAGAAGAACCUGUUUGUGCUGUAUGAUGCUCUGAUGGGGACAAACAGCUUUGGCGAAUCCAUUUUAGAGUUAGUGGAAAGGUAUGUAGCGAGGAACCGUCGUCUCCUGGAAGAUUUCUGUGUCCGGAUGAAGGAGCUCAUCUGUUUGGGCCUGAUCGCUCUGCUGGGCCACUGUGCCUUAACCCAGCGCCAAGAGGAAGAAGACGACAAAAUCCAAGAGUGGAACAGCAAAAUUCAAGAAGUAGAGACCAGGAUGAAGACAACCAUCGAGUCAUGCAUUGCUGCUUUCCCCGAGCAAGCAAAAUUAGACGCCAAACACCUCCUGCAAGAGAAGAAAGACGAUAAUCUGCAAGAUACAACUCAGCAGCUUCUUGAGUUCUUGGUCAAGAAGUAUGAUUGGGUUAGCUGGUCUGUGCGGCUCAUCAACCACUCAGGAAGCACCUACCGGAACUGGAGAGCAGGGGAGCAUUUCCACCACGUGGCGGGGCAGAACUGGUUCGAAGUGCUGCAGGUGAACAACAUCAACCUGGUGGUGUCAUACAGCACCAAACCACAGCCGGUGCCUCGGGACUGCAUCCAGCAGGUGAUGGAGGGCCAGGGGAAGAAGGGGAACGCCCCGGCGGUGGUGGAAGUGUUGGAGAAGCAGCUGUGUGGGUUUGUUGUUCACGCAGUCAGUCGCCACAAGGAGUCCGCAGCUGCGUGGAGCUUCCCAGAAGACUGUCACUACUGGGAAAGGCACAAGAAUGUGGCAGUGUGUGUGCACUCAGAGUAAAGUUGUAAGGGUAUGAACAGCAGAGAAGGGAGGAUUACUACAAGAUGAUUAUCGAAGCAAAAAUAUAAAGAUAUAAUCCGUAGACAUUUUUGGGGAAAAAAGCUAUUUCUGUUGUCAGUCUGAUUAAUCCUUGACCUUGUUCAUUGUGCAUUUGGCUUUUUUUGACCAAUUAAUUACAUUUAUUUGUGUGUGUAGCAGGACAGGGAGACACACUUUAAAAUGAAUUAACAUGAGUGUAUUUACGUACUGUAUCAUAGGUGUGUUGUUAACAGAAUAUCAAUAUUUAAUCAUGGUUAUCAAUACAUAUUACUGACCUUGUUGACCUGGUGUACACAUAAAUACCUUUCUCUUACGAACUUAUAUCCUCAUGUUUGCAAACACUAAUAAAAAUAACAUCAUAUCAAUGCAGUGUGUUGUUUACAUUUUAAAUUGGGUAAAAGCUGCACUGGUUCCCUCUCAGAAACAAUUGCAUUUAAGAUUUGAGCUUUUUGGGUUGCGUCAACUCUUUAUACAGUAGAUAUUUAAAAUGAAGACAUUUUAUUUUAACGUAUUUUAUGUUGUAGCUGUUUGAAUAUGAACUGCUUGCAUGUUAGAGCUGUGUUGCUUUGUAUCUAUUUGUAAAUUAUGAGUCACUAACCACUUAUAUAAUAAUGGAGGAGUGUCUAUGCUUUUACCUCAGCUGCAUACAGUAAUAAUCCAGUCUCCAGUGAGAAAUGGCUUCUGCACCUACAGCUUUAAAGAGAUGGUUUUGCUGAGGCUGCAUCUACAGAGCCGUGCUCCCAUUUUGUCUCUGCUGAGCAGGCUGGCCUACAUAACUCUGAAGAGGGGGGGGGGGGGGGGGGGCAGAGGUGACUUUUUCAGGCGUGAAAACCAAGAGGCUUGGAGUUUGGCACCGGAGACUCCACAAUGUGCCUUGUGUUUUAAACACAUUCAAACCCCUCAAACCAAAACUACCAGACUUCACUGGUUGACAAUGCUGUGCCUCAAGUGAUGUAAUGGACGAGAAGUGAUUUCAUCUGCGAGAUUCUCCAUUUGUGCUUUUCAUAUUUGUAACACUUGGAGUUAAAUGAUAAAUUAUUUGUUGUUUUUCAUUUAUCUGCCAAAUGUGGUUGUUUUAUAUUUAUGAAUUAUGUUUGAUUUACUUCCAUGUGUGAGGCAUUUCUCUUUUCUCAUCACAUCAUGCGAGCACUAACAACUCACAUUCUUUGGGGAUUAUUUGAUCAAACUACUGUGACUUUGUGAUUUUAUUUCAAGUUCACCAAAACAUUUUCCCCCAAAAAGAGAAAUUUAUCACAACAAACAAAGUAUUUAUUAAUAUAAAAAUGUCAUGUAUUCUUACUUAAACCACAUCAGCUUCAUUAUUCAAAUGAUAUGAUGUCAAUCAGUGCAUGGUCAAUGUUUACCAUAAU